AUGGAGGUCAAGAUGAAGGGUUGGCCUCAAGCGGCAAUCCUUUAUCUCAUUUUCAUCCUCUGCUUCACUGCUGGUUUCCUUGAUGCUGGUCCUCUUCAGCCCGCCAAAGGCCACACCUCCAUCGUCCGCAGCUGGCAUCACACUCCCACUUCUCACCACGGUCAUCAUGUUCCUACUCACACUGCUUCCAACGAGAUUGCAGUUCAUCCCGCUCAUGACAUGGACUCGUCUGCCUCAUCCCUCGAGCAUCUAUCCACCCUAGAGCAUCGAGACACCGACAUGGCUCUCCACAACUAUGCCCUGGUCUGCGAUGACAGAGUGUGGACCACCAUGUGUGCAGGUGUUGGUUACACUUGCAGCUCUUCGGGCAAGUUGAAAUACAAACAUAAGGACAUUAUGUGUCAUGACAUCUGCUCGUGCGUUGAUCUCGUACCUGCGCCAAAGAUUUGUGUCGUCAACAAAGCCUCCAAACAAUGCUCAGUCGUCAAUGACAUGGUUCUGGAUGCAACGAAUGGCGAGCUCCUUGGAAAUGUCACUGAGUCAAGCAUUCUUCCAGACGGCUCCUUGGACUUGACCACGACAGUUGCAAAGCGUGAUACAGAACUCAGUCAUGACCACGCACUCGUCUGUCACGACCGUACUCUUACAGGUCUGUGCCAGGCCUCGGCCCAUGGCUAUUUCUGCAACGCAAAUGGGGUCGUCAAACACAAAGGCCAGGCAGAAGUCACUUCCAAGCAUAUCAAUUGUGGGUUCAAAGAUAACACUGUCUUUGAUACAAUCGAUGGUACCGCCCUCGGCAAUCUCUCCGACGCCCAAGUCCUUGACAACGGCUCUCUGGACUUUUCGCACACCAAGGCACUCGAAAAGCGCCACGACUACGGACUGAUCUGCGAAGACCGCGAGCAUACUGCCUGGUGCGGCUCGUCGUAUCAGUAUUACUGCACUGCAAGAGGUCAAUUGAAGUUCAAGACCACUGGAGAACACUGGUGUGAGGAGCAUUGUUUCUGCAUGAACCUCAAGCCAGCAAUUCAGUGUUUUCCAAACGCGGCUCUUCUCACCACAUGCCUGCUCAAAGGGAAGUUAGUCUACAAUGAAAACGGCACUCUUCUGGGAAAUGUUAGCGACGCAUAUGCCUACCCUAAUGGAACCUUGGACUUCCGCAAAGUCGUUACCAGAGAUUUAGACGUGGUAUCAGCCGACCCACAAAAGAUCAUAUGCAAGUCGCAGCAAUCCACUCAAGUGGCCCCUUUUUCCGGCGGAUUACUAUAUGACAAGAAUUUGACCACGUUCUGUGCAUCCCAUGGCUACUCAUGCACAACCGAUCCUACGCGUGCAGCGUUGACCUUGACUUUGCAGCCUGGCUCAAAGGUCAUUAAGGAGUGCGCUAACUCUUGUGCCUGCCAGUCACAAACUUGGAAGCGCGAAGGGAGCGAGGUACUGUCGCAACCUCCACAAAGCACCGGCGGAGUUACCAUUCAGGACCUUCUCCUUGGCUGCAGUUCAAACAAUGGGUUGACCAAAGGUACCUGGUCGUUCGAUGAAUCACUGACCCAGGACUGCAAGAACAAGGGCUAUAACUGUGCCAUUCUGCCUGGAUCACGUUUUGUGUUGCAGCAUUCGGGGGCCGUGGUUGCGUCUUGUCAAGCUGGUUGCAGUUGUCCGGCAUCACCAACGCCCGCUGAGUCUGCUGUAUCAUUGCAUCUGACGACAAGAGCCAGCACAGAGUCUGAAACAAACGACAUCGCAGCUGUCCGGGCAGUUAACAAAUUCGAUCCCUUUGGCAUGACCUGUGCGUCGCGUGGCAGAAACAACGAGACUCUUACCAAUUACUGCCGAAACGAAGGUUACUCAUGUGUUAGCCUGACGGGUACUUACCUACGAACUCUUUCCCACAAUAGCACCGACAUUCCUGAAUGCACUCACAGCUGCCGAUGCCGGAAUCCCUUUGCUCGCGAGAAACGCUCUGAAGAUGUGGAAAUGUCGGCGACUGCAGAUGAGAUUCCAGACACUACAGCCGUUGCCCCUCCCAGCGGUGUCCCAAGCCAAUCAUCCAGCAGUUUCGAUCUCAAUUGUGGCAAUGUCGCGGACGGCCCUGGCUUCUGCCAGCAGCCAGACCUGGGGUAUUUCUGUGCCUACAACAUGACGGUCAUGCGGACGUCCACUGUUCAAAAUCAAGGUGUGACAUGGUGCGACUAUUACUGCAGCUGCAUCUUCAAGAACCCCGUCCCGUGUGUCAACGAAUGGAAUGUUCCCCUUUGUCGUGAGAUGCCGGAUGGGACCGUCCGUGAUGCCUCGAGAAUGCAAAUUGUCCUUGCAUAUAUCGAGAAUGUGAUCAUCUUGCCCAACAACUCCAUCUUGCUGGAUCGCGGCCAGGACGGAGGCUUCCCGUUUGUCGUUGCAUCGCAUGGUCGACAUGGGCCUAGCUCUAAUGAUUCUAGCCACCAUUGGACAGAUUGGCCGACAAAUGGAACGAAUGGAACGAAUGGAACGACCGACGGGUGGAAUGAAAGAGGACAAGGUGAUAACUGA